UACCGCCCCUCCCGGAUGGACGCGCGGGCGCCCUCUGGCACCCCGAGCCUAGAGGAGCAGAGGGGUAGGGUGAGGACCCGAGAAGAGCAGCCAGCCCAGGUGCGCCAGGGGUUGGGCAGGAGCCCGGAAGGACAAUCCCAGAACAAUCCUGGGGAAGCUGUCACAGAUCCAGAAAGGAUCCAGGAGCAUUCUCCAUCUAACUUUGCUGGAGGCCAGCACUUCUUUGAAUACCUCCUUGUUGUUUCUUUAAAGAAAAAGAAUUUAGGGGAUGACUAUGAACCCACGAUCACUUACCAGUUUCCCAAGAGGGAGAACCUGCUCCGAGGUCAGCAGGAGGAGGAGAACCGGUUGCUCCGUGCCAUCCCUUUGUUCUGCUUCCCUGAUGGGAAUGAAUGGGCACCACUCACGGAGUAUCCCAGGGAGACCUUCUCAUUCGUCCUGACCAAUGUGGAUGGGAGCAGGAAGAUCGGAUACUGCAGGCGCCUCCUGCCUGCUGGUCCUGGUCCUCAACUUCCCAAAGUGUACUGCAUCAUCAGCUGCAUCGGCUGCUUCGGCUUGUUCUCCAAGAUACUAGAUGAAGUAGAGAAGAGGCAUCAGAUCUCCAUGGCUGUCAUCUACCCAUUCAUGCAAGGUCUCCGAGAGGCAGCCUUUCCUGCACCUGGAAAGACAGUCACCCUUAAGAGCUUCAUUCCUGACUCAGGCACAGAGUUCAUCUCACUGACACGGCCCCUAGACUCCCACCUUGAACAUGUGGACUUCAGUGUUCUGCUGCACUGUCUCCAUUUGGAGCAGAUUAUUCAGAUCUUUGCCUCUGCAGUGCUGGAAAGAAAAAUCAUCUUUUUGGCAGAGGGUCUCAGUACCCUGUCUCAGUGUAUCCAUGCUGCAGCAGCUCUACUUUACCCAUUUAGUUGGGCACACACAUACAUCCCUGUGGUCCCCGAGAGCCUUCUGGCCACUGUCUGCUGCCCUACCCCCUUCAUGGUUGGGGUACAGAUGCGAUUCCUGCAGGAGGUUAUGGAUAGUCCCAUGGAAGAGGUCCUGUUAGUGAAUCUUUGUGAAGGAACCUUCUUAUUGUCGGUUGGUGAUGAGAAAGAUAUUCUACCACCAAAACUUCAGGAUGACAUCUUGGACUCUCUUGGUCAAGGGAUAAAUGAGUUAAAGACUUCAGAACAAAUCAAUGAGCAUGUUUCAGGCCCUUUUGUACAGUUCUUUGUCAAGACUGUGGGCCACUAUGCCUCCUAUAUAAAACGGGAGGCCAGUGGACAAGGUCAUUUCCAAGAACGAUCCUUCUGUAAGGCUGUUACCUCCAAGACCAAGCGCCGAUUUGUGAAGAAGUUUGUGAAGACACAGCUUUUCUCCCUAUUCAUCCAGGAAGCAGAGAAGAGCAGGAACCCUCCUGCAGGCUACUUCCAAAAGAAAAUACUUGAGUAUGAGGAACAGAAGAAACAGAAGAAAUCAAGAGACUGUGAAGUCAAAGCUGUGGUGAGCAGGAGUGUUUAGAGAUACAGCCAGAACCACAGGCCAAUCUGGACUUUGGCCCUUCUAGUGGGGCAGAAUCAGUGAGGUCUUCAGCCCUGGAAUCCAUGGCCUUCUUCCAACUGAUAAUGCAGUCUUACUUCAAAGUGGUGUCUGAAUCUGGGAGCCUUGGUGUCAGGGCUUCUCAGAACUUUGAAAGCUCACAUCCAAACUCAGAACUGUACUCAAAGCUGCAUUUUUGGCAGAGUGGACAUAGUGGGAGAUAGUAGUACAGGUGUACAGCUAUUGUGGGUGCUUAAUUACAAGUUGCUAACACUGCUGUCUCCUAUGAACCUCUGUUAUAAAAUCCUCAAUACAGAACACUGGCCCAAUGACCCAUGUACAAAAUAGUGGUCUGACGUGAGGAUGAGAAUAAAGAUGAAAACUUUGUUAUUUGUCAAUCUAGGAGGCACUGUGUGGGAGAAGAAACUGAACUAGACAUGAAGGAUGACCUGGUCAUGAUAGGCUACGUGGAAUCACAAAAUCGGGGGUCAGCAGUUCCUCUUCCCAUAAGAGUAAGAAAUCUUGAUCAGAAUGGCCUCAGCAGAGAGUUUGUGUUUCUAUCUGGUGUGUUUCCCAGAAUUCUGAGCAGCUGGGGCCUAGGACUGUUUAAUAGAAUUCCUGAUCAACAGAAGUCCUUGCAGGCUACUAUUCCAAGACUUCCAUCAACAGGUCACACUGCCCAUAACCUAGCCAGGGCCAGUCCUUUAACUUCAGUUUUGGUCAUCUCAUCAAGUGUUUAUUAAGACUUUAGAUCCAUUCUCUAGCUAAAGGUCGAACAAUCCCUGCACUGCCAGUUUUUCACCAUUAUGGUAUUUAGUAGUUUACCUAGGCCUUCUUUUUUCUAUACCUUUGUUUAAACCCUGCAGGAGAUGGCGAACAUCUUUAAAAGCAUCUUCUCUUUAAGAAUUCUUUUUAAUGUUUUGCCUAUCUUUUAAUGUGGCUCUUACAAGUUUCAGAAUUCCAAACAAAGAAUGCAGAUGAUAUGGGGGUUGGAAUAAAGUUACAAAAGGGAAGGUUACACUCUGAUUUGGAGAUCACAAACUCCUACUGCAGGUGGGAAAUUUCCACACGCCACGCCCAACUACUACUUCUGCAACUUCUAGGAAUCAUUACAUCUUUCUAGAUGGUUUGUAGAUGUGGUUGCUAAACCUACUUAGGUCUUGAAAAGUUUCAGCCUGAGGACCAGAAUCCUGUUAGGGCUGUGAAAAUAAUGAGGUUCCAAUAUAAUCUACCAAAUUCUCUAUAGAGAUUGAACCUGAACAUGUUGUGAUGGCACAGUCUACAAUCCUAACAUUCAGGAGGCUAAGGCAGGGGAACUGAAAGUUCAAGGCCAGCCUGAGCUACUGUGGGACCCUGUUCAGACCACACCACACCCCCACACCCCCCAAAAAAGGCCUGGGAAUAUGUUUUGCAGAAAUAUCCACAAUGUUGAAUGAUUCUGAUACUUCAUUAAGUAUGUGAAUUCAACAACCAGGGCCAGCUGUGUCUUUCUACAAAGAAACCAUUGGCUGAUGCUUGUAGUAUCUUUGACCAAAACCACACAGUGCUUUUCAGAUUCCCUCUGUGAUGAAAACAAAUCUAGAACACAUGUAUUUAUUUCAGUUAGUCUCUAGUACCUCAGUUUAUAGCUUUGGAGUGAUACAGAAAACAGCUAGAAUGACAGCCUAAACUCCAUUCUCAAAUGUAGCAAUACUGUGUGACAACUGGUAGCCAAUUGAGGUCUCAAUUUCCACUAGGUAUAAACACCUGUUAAGUCUGCUGAAAUAAUCAAAUAAAACAAUAGAUAUAACUGUACUAAUGGAGGAUUACCUCUUCUUUCCCCUGCCUUCCCCUGCUUUGUCAGAGAUUAUCUUUAUAUCCUGACCCCUCCGAUUUUCUGUGUCUUAUAUAGCCCAGACUGGCCUACAACUCCAGUCAAGGAUAACCUUGAACUUCUGCUCCUCUUCCUGCUUCUACCUCUGAGUGCUGGGAUUCACUAUCCUUUGUACUAAAGAAACAGAAAAUAUGUAUACAAUGAAAGCAAAUGUGAUUCACAGAGAAACCUGGCUCCUAUCUUAAAGUGCAGUCUAAAUACCAAAAUGGAGAGUACAAAGUGACAACCCACCUCCACCCCAUCUGAACAAUUACUGAAAUAAUGGGGUAAUAACUGCAAAAUAAAGACCCAUAGGUUGAAAAAAUGAACACACCAUGAUGACACGGCUGACCAUAUUUCCUUAAUUGUUAAAGAAGAGAAAUAAAGUUUGUUUAACUUUUAAAAAACAUUGAAAACUUAGUUUAUAGUUCCCCUGAAUAAAAUUGAGAAAAAAGCUG